AAUUCGAGUCGAGUCGGCUUGUGCUUUUUCCAACGCAUGUGACACUGACGCAGCAAGUAAAGACGGGGGAAAUGUUACUCGAGCAAAACUCGACCAGCAUGUUUGUCCGAUUAUCUGUUUGUUCGUUUACUCAUACAAUUUUAUUUAUUUCUCAGAUAAUAAUUAAUUAAUUAUUCCCCCUCUUUCCCUCUUUUCACUUUUACUUUUAAGCAUGACUAGUGUUUCUCCUACCGAUGAUGAGCUUGACGGGCUUUUGGACGACGCCUUUGAGCAGUUUACGGCGGAAGCGGCGACGCCCAAGGCACCGACAAACAACAGCACGAAUGGCAAGCCAACGACCAACCCUCCUCCUCCUCCUCCUGCUGCUGCCUCUCGUGACGCCACAGACAGCGCUCGGUUUCAAGAGGACUUUGCACAGCAAUUAGCCAAAGGCAUGGAAUCCUUGCUUAAGGACGGCGGUAACCUGGAAAAUGGCAGCGACAAGAACAUGAAGAAGACGCUGGACGACUUGCUGCAGCAACUGGGCACAAUCCAGGCGGACAUUGGUUUGCACACCUCGGCACCAGCACCCACACAACAGCAGCCGCAGGCAGCUUCUUCCGCCCCCUCGGUAUCUGAGAAAGCAGCCCCUGGGUCGUUCCAGGAUAAAAUCAAGGCAACAAUGGAUAAGCUGAAGGAGAGCGCGUCUGAGGCGGAUUCGGCGGGAUCCGCGGGCGAUGCCGGAAUCUUUGACGAGCUGAUGCGGCAGAUGGAGGGAAUGGAGGGGCUAGGCGAUGACCCACAGCUGGACUCCCUCGUUGACGAUGUCAUUGGGCAGCUCAUGUCCAAGGACGUCCUGAGCCAGCCCCUGAAGGACUUGGAUGCCGCAUAUCCUGCUUAUUUGAAGAAAAACAAGGACUCGUUGAGUGCCGAGGAGUAUGCACGGUACGAGAAACAGCAUGCGUAUGUGCGGCAGAUUUUGGCGCUGUUUGAUGCGACAGAGGGAGAUACGGUGAACCCAAGGAUUGCCGAGCUGAUGCAGGAGAUGCAGGAUUGCGGGCAGCCGCCGGAUGAGCUGCUGAAGCUGCUGGCGCCGGAUAUGGAUAUCAGCAAGGGCGAGGUCAAGGAGCCCGAAGUGCCCAACUGCUGCGUCAUGUAAGAUAGAUACACCCCCUUGGUUAUUUAGAAUUUGCGAGCAGUAUUUUUCUUCAAAUAGACGGGAGCCAUUUGUGAACACGUGCGCACGUGAGCAUUCAGCAGUUACAAAAUAAAUGAAGUGCGAGCAAAAAAUCAAAAUUAAAGAAGCUCGUGAAAGUAGCAGCAGCAGCCAAGACGCAGCCACCGCCCACUUUGCUCCUCUUUUAAAGUUAUAAUAAACCACGCUUUAUUAUUACAUUC